AUGGAUACACUCUUGACGGCAGAUGUUGUUGCGAACUCGCCUCGUUUCCGCCGGAAGUCGAGCACCUACGUGGAUGCUAUCCACGAUCUCCCCGAAAAGGUCGAACUGGCACCGGCCCAAUUAUACAGUACAGAAUCAGGGCGUCUCUUUCAUUCUGGCCGGAUUGUGAUUAUUACUGUCGGGUUACCGGCCAGGGGCAAAACGUUAGUCCAGAGCCCUGCCUGGCACAUCUCCGUAGCACUCGCGCGUUAUCUCCGAUGGUUGGGAGUGAAGACGAGGAUCUUCCAUCUUGGAGACUACAGACGAGCCACUAUCGGUCCUGGACAAGAUGUGCCGGAUGAUUAUUUCUUCGUAAACGCUUCUGCGUCGUCCGUGCUGCUUAGACAGAAGAUCGUGAAGAAGUGCAGGGAGGAUAUAUAUCAUUUCCUCAAUCACGAAAAUGGGCAGAUAGCAAUAUAUGAUGCUGUAAACCCUAUAGCGGCUGGUCGCCGAUCUCUGGCCAAGGAAUUUGCCAAACACGACAUCGAGACGCUUUUUAUAGAGUCCUGGUGUGAUGACGAGCGCAUCAUUGAGGAAAAUGUGCGAAGAGUCAAGAUAGGAUCACCUGACAUGAUAAAUGCCGGCCAGAGACUAAUCGUCAACAACUGCAGCUUCGGCUAUCUCUCUCAUCGGAUCGUCUUUUACCUGCUUAAUCUGCAUAUAAAAUCAAGACACACCUAUUUUGCCCGCGCUGGUGUCUCAAAGGAGGCCGAUUCAUACAAGGCAGAUGCUUCAUUGUCAGAGAAGGGGGAAGACUACGCACGAAAGAUGACAGAGUGCCUCCUUAAGCACAGAGGGUCAGAAAGACAAGCCAUGGAGGAGCAGGGAGAGGAGAAGGCUCAACUGAAACCUCUCACGGUCUGGACCUCUACGCGCCGUAGAACUGUCGAAACCGCUAAAUAUCUCCACGAGAAGGGUUACAAGGUCCGUCAGCGGUCUCAGAUGAGCCAACUGAACCCAGGAGUAUGCGAGAAAAUGUCCGAGAGGAGAAUUCGGGAAGAAUAUCCUGAUGAGGUCGCAAAACAUGAGAUGGACCCGUAUCACCACCGAUACCCCCGUGCUGAGUCGUACCAUGACCUUGCCGUCCGUCUGGAGCCAAUCAUCCUGGAGCUGGAACGCGAGCAGAACGACCUGCUUAUAAUAGCCCACGAGAGCGUACUGCGAGUUCUAUAUGGAUAUCUAAUGGCAUGUAAUGCAGCAGAUAUACCAUUUCUGUCGUUCCCUCGAAAUGAGAUCAUUGAGAUUAUCCCAGCCAGUUAUCAGAAUGAAGCAAGAAGGAUACAGAUCCCUGAUCUUCCCGAAGAGAUCAUCCCUGCUUCACCGGAAGACAUAAAGAUCCCUGUCCCGCCUAGUGGCGUUGCUUCUCCUAUGCCUGGAGGGAUCGGAAGUCCACAGGAUGGGCUAUCGUCACCGGCAAGUGGACUUCGGACCCCUCGGGAGCCCGAAAGGAUCUCUCAGCAACAGAGACCGCCUCAUAGCUGGGAUCGUGCCAGGAGACGGUCCUUGAAAUCAGCAUUCAUGGUGUCGAUUACGACUGAGUACAUCAGCGCUGGUGGGAACAGGCACCCAGCCGCUGCAGACUGGGAUUCUCAGUCUGGCGUGCUUGCCUUUGGCGCCGACAAUAAUAUAGCGCUAUGGAAUCCUGCUGAUAACACUCGCUGCGGGAUCUAUUCGUUACUCGUCGGGCACACUGACAAAGUCACGGCCGUCCGAUUCUACACAUGCUCAUCGACUGGGAAGAAGCUGAUACUUUCAGGUUCGGUUGACCGGACAAUCCGAAUAUGGCAAGAUGAACCCGCGUAUCCAUACUUUUCCUGCGUGGGCCAUCUGGAAGGGCAUGAAGGCUCGAUCAAUACUAUCGCCGUGGCCGAGGGUUCGAACAUUGUCGCAUCCGGCGCAGCAGAUGGCACAGUCAAGCUCUGGAGGAUCGAUGAACAGUUAAAUGGGACGCUAGUGAAUACGAUAUCUCUGAAACCACGGUAUUUCUCACUGACAUUGGCAUUGAGAGUUUUGGAGGCCGAUGUGUCUGCGAAACCGAUGGUGUUGGCAGUUGCGGGAACGAGGAAUACGGUACAGAUCUACGUUGCGCAGGACACUUCUGGCGAGCCCGACUUCCAGCUCUGCGCUACGCUUAGCGGUCAUGAAGCGUGGGUGAGGUCCCUUGCUUUCCAAAGUGAUAUACAGAGCAGCUCAGGGGACUUUCUACUGGCGUCUGCAAGCCAGGACAAGUACAUUCGUCUCUGGAGGGUACAACGCGGAGAGGUAGCUCCUGUUGUGCCGAGAGACUCAGAUGAUCCUAUGAUUGGUGGUUUUGAACAGACGUUAUCAAACAAGGCUCACACAUUCGACGCUGUCGGCUCAAAGUACUCAAUCACAUUUGAAGCCCUCCUUUUUGGUCACGAAGAUUGGAUCUAUACAGUCGCAUGGAACCCUGACCCCAAGCAAAUGCAACUUGUCUCUUCCUCUGCAGACAACUCGCUCAUAAUAUGGGAACCGGAUCCAGUCUCAGGCGUUUGGAUUUCGAAGGAGAGAAUGGGAGAGAUAAGCGUCCAGAAGGGGUCAACAUCUGCCACGGGAAGCACGGGCGGCUUCUGGAUAGGUCUCUGGGCGCCGGGUAGAAAGGAAGUUGUCAGUCUGGGGAGAACAGGUAGUUGGAGGAGGUGGCAAUACCUGAGUGAAGUCGAUCACUGGGUGCAGACGCUAGGCAUCAGCGGCCAUGUACGGUCUGUGAGUGAUAUCGAGUGGGAACCAAAGGGUGGCUACCUUCUCUCCACUAGUUCAGACCAAACUACAAGAGUCCAUGCAGAAUGGAAGAGAGACGGUGCUAAAUCAUGGCAUGAAUUCUCAAGAGCCCAGAUCCACGGUUAUGACCUCAACUGUAUCGAUUCUUUGGGUCCUACACGGUUUAUCUCCGGAGCCGAUGAGAAGCUCCUGCGUGUCUUCAAUGAACCAAAGGCAGUUGCUCAGCUGUUGAAUAAGCUCUCUGGCUUUCAGCAGCUGGCUGUGGAGGAGAUGCCGGAUACUGCAAAUAUUCCCGUACUAGGCCUCUCGAACAAGGCCGCUGGAGACGAAGUCCCACUGGGCGAGGACAUGAACGGCCUUAGUGAUGAACAACCGUCAGCUCUUCCCGUGUCGCUUGAUAUGGACCAUCCACCCUUUGAGGACCAUCUCGCCCGUUACACACUAUGGCCUGAACACGAGAAGUUGUAUGGUCAUGGCUAUGAGAUAUCGGCUGUGGCAGUAAGCAAUGACCGAUCUAUCAUUGCCACUGCGUGUAAGGCGAGCUCUAUUGAUCACGCCGUUAUCCGUCUAUAUGACGCAGCCGAUUGGCAUGAAAUCAGACCUCCCCUGACAGCGCACUCUUUAACCGUCACUAGUCUGAGCUUCUCUUCUGAUGACCGUUAUCUCUUGAGUGUCGGCCGAGAUAGACAAUGGGCUGUCUUUGAAAGACACGCAGACGAGCCGUCCCGUUUUAGCCUAUUGAAAUCGAACCCGAAGGGUCAUAGCCGAAUGAUCUUGGGAGCAGCAUGGGCGCCUUUAUCCAACCCGCCUGCCUUUGCAACUGCCGGAAGAGACAAGACAGUGAAGCUGUGGCAAAUGACGGAUGGAGAAUUCGUUUGCAAGUCGACCAUUUCAGUCAAAGAUCCCGUCACUGCACUCUCAUUUCUUCCAACACCGCGUGGGAAUUCAUUCUAUCUGGCCGUUGGUGAAGACAGCGGGGCAGUUUCUCUCCAUAAGGUUGCUACUGAUAGCCUUGAAACAGACCAGAUCACAUCCUUUGACAAGCUCCUUUCGCCUUCUAGGAGUAUAACUUAUCUGUCAUGGCGUCCUAACCCAGACAAUAUGGUCGAUAGUGAGCAGAAGGAAGGGAGCAAGUAUGAACUUGCCGUUGCAAGUGAGGACACGUCUCUGCGCAUAUAUGCUAUCUCGGAUAUUCCUUUCUAG